UAGAUUUUGGAAGUGGCUGUGCCUUUCAGUAAGCUUGAGGACUUGUGCAAACAGCUCACAAGAAGCUUUUUAGCUUUAGUCAGUUUCCCCUAAACCACUGCAAUUUCAUCCUGAUUUCUCUCCAAAGAUAUGAAACCGAUACAUGCUUUUGCUGAUCAAGCAUUUCUUUGCGCGGAUCAGUAGUAAUGUUAUUGAACAUGGAGUUACUAUUUGCAGUUUUGGCACUUGCUAGCUUGCAUUCGUUCGUAUUGCCAGAUGCACAAGGAGAUGCACUGUUUUCAUUGAGAAGUUCAUUGAUUAGCUCACCCAAUCAGCUCACAGACUGGAAUCCCAACCAAGUCAAUCCAUGCACUUGGUCCAAUGUGAAUUGUGACACUAACAAUAAUGUCGUUUCUGUAACAUUGACAAAUUUUGGAUUUAAUGGAACCUUAUCCCCUAAAGUAGGAAGCCUGAAAACUCUUCAAACACUUGCAUUGCAAGGAAAUGGCAUAACCGGUGAAAUACCAAAAGAGUUUGGAGAUCUAACAAGUUUGGCCACCUUGAAUUUGGAAGAUAAUAAUUUAAGUGGUGCAAUACCAUCUUCCCUUGGUAAUCUGAAAAAGCUUCAAUUCUUGACUUUAAAUCACAACAAUUUGAGUGGGAGCAUCCCAGAUUCACUUUCAAAUCUUUCAAGUUUGAUUAAUGUUCAGCUCGCCUCCAAUGUUCUCAGUGGUCAAAUACCAGAGCGCUUAUUUCAGAUUCCAAAAUACAAUUUUACAGGAAACAACCUAAACUGUGGCGUAAAUCAUCCCCACAGUUGUGCAUCCAAUACUGAUGCUUCUGAAUCUUCAAAAAAGCCAAAGCUUGGAAUUAUAGUUGGACUUGUUGGAGGGCUCAUCAUUUUACUUUUUGGAGGAUUGCUUUACUUUAUCUGCAAGCGUAGACACAAAGGCUCCAAGCGUGAAGUUUUUGUUGAUGUUGCAGGUGAAGUUGACCGAAGGAUUGCAUUUGGUCAGUUGAAAAGAUUUUCAUGGAGGGAACUGCAGCUAGCUACAGAAAACUUCAAUGAGAAAAAUGUUUUAGGACAAGGGGGUUUUGGAAAAGUCUAUAAAGGAGUGUUAUCUGAUAAUACAAAAAUUGCUGUUAAACGGCUGACCGAUUAUGAAAGUCCUGGGGGAGAUGCAGCUUUUCAGCGUGAAGUUGAAAUGAUAAGCGUAGCUGUUCACAGGAAUCUAUUACGACUCAUUGGAUUCUGCACAACCCCAACAGAACGCCUUUUGGUGUAUCCCUACAUGCAAAAUUUAAGUGUUGCCUAUCGUUUACGAGAGAUUAAACCGGGGGAGCCUGUUUUGGAUUGGCCUACAAGAAAGAGGGUGGCUUUAGGCACAGCCCGUGGCUUAGAGUACCUCCAUGAACAUUGUAAUCCUAAGAUCAUUCAUCGAGAUGUUAAGGCAGCAAAUGUAUUACUUGAUGAAGAUUUUGAAGCAGUUGUUGGUGAUUUCGGCCUGGCAAAGUUGGUGGAUGUUAGAAAGACUAACGUGACAACUCAAGUUCGUGGGACAAUGGGCCACAUAGCCCCCGAAUACUUGUCUACUGGGAAGUCAUCGGAAAGGACGGAUGUUUUUGGCUAUGGGAUUAUGCUUUUAGAGCUUGUAACAGGACAGCGGGCAAUUGAUUUCUCACGAUUGGAAGAAGAAGAUGAUGUGUUGUUGCUCGACCAUGUUGGCAUGAGUAUAUGUUUCAGAGUUAUUUUAAAAGAGGUCAAGAAGUUAGAAAGGGAAAAAAGACUGGAUGCUAUAGUAGAUGGAAAUCUGGAUGGCACUUACAACAUCCAAGAGGUAGAAAUGAUGAUCCAAGUUGCGCUGCUUUGUACCCAAGGAUCCCCUGAAGAUCGUCCAUUAAUGUCGGAGGUGGUACGUAUGCUGGAAGGAGAGGGUCUGGCUGAGCGGUGGGAAGAAUGGCAGCAUGUUGAAGUUACUCGCAGGCAAGAGUACGAGAGACUACAAAGGAGAUUUGAUUGGGGUGAAGACUCAGUUUAUAACCAGGAUGCUAUUGAGUUAUCUGGUGGACGAUGAGGUGGGACGCAAUUGAGGAACUCUGGCCAAGCUUCAACAUUUGUCUUCACUUGCAAAUUUUCUACAACCGACAUGUUGUUCUCAUUCCUUUCACUUCUGUCGUUGGAAGUUUGCUCAGCCAGAAGAUACUGGGGCGUAUGAUCUUUGUCUCUUCCUUCCUUCUCUUCAAGAUUGAUGUGGCACUUGUUAUAGUCUACGCCUGCCAUUGCUAAAGCUUCAACCGACAUGGCUUCACCUCUGUAUGUUUCUGUAAUGAACCUUGUUGGAUCUGUUUGGAUUUCAGAGAAAUUUUCAGUAUCCUGAAGUAAAAUCAGGAUGAGUUUAUAUACAUAUACAGCCGAUAUUUCUUCAAUGUCUGUGGUGUGCUGUUCAUAUGUGGUAGUAGUGUGGUACCAACCCAUUUCUGUAAAAACAGCUCACAGGUUUCAUGUAUAAAGCUUCAUUGGUUAUAUCUGUGACCUCAACUACU